CUCCAUAGUCAGUUCUGAAUUUCACUCAUUUUCAGUGGCAAUUCAAUCUUCGGUCCCUAUUUCGUACAGCCGUACAUCUUAUUGUAUCUCUAGCUGUCUCCUCUCGAUGUUAUCGCACUUUGGCCACCAUCUCGACGUUCGUUCAAAUCACGAAUUCGUGUCCAGAGGGGCAAUCAUUCUUUGAACAGUUCACCCCGCCAUGGGAGCGCGACAGCGAGCCCAAGCGCGAAUAAACAAGGGGAAUUCUGCUAGAAGCUCUAAGAGGUCUCAGACGCAGCCAAAUUCUUUUCUUCAUUUCACGGAGUCAAACCCUCAUAACCGACAUCAGGCUUUGCUCGGAGGCUGGCAAGAUUUCUCUGAAUCUUCGUCGCCUCAUCCCAGAAAUGGCCAUUUUAGUAUGAGCGAGGAGGCUCGAAAUACAGAGAGACAUACAGCGACAUGGGGCCCUUCGAGGUUACGGGAUCGCGCAGUUGCCUUUGUGAGCGCAGGCACUCUGGUUCGCGAGGAGCCUCCUGUGAAUGCAAAAGAGACCACAUCUGAAGAACCGGAGCAGUCUGCCGGGGACGAUGGUAACACGCUGUCAGACGCAAAAGAUAAAGCUGUCGAACAGGAUCAAAUCACAAUUGCGACUAUCCAGCAACCCGUAGAGAAAGCGGCACCUGUCACCACCGCAGAACCUUCUAUCAUCAACAAGACCGAACCCAGAAGAUGCUCCGUUUCAUCAGUAUCCUCCGAUGAGAUCAUCUUUACUGGUCGUCAGAACAACUCUCGACCACGUCCCGCGAAAGUCGACAACUCCAGCUCUCCGCAAAUUCCCUCGCCCCCGACUACCUCAACGAUACCUGACCCUCACCAUCCUACCGCCGAUUUUAGCAACGGUGAUCGACCGCAAAAAGACCCCACGCCUCUGCCACAUACCGUUCGAUCUAUUCCAUUGCGGAAGAGGAAUGUUGAUCGCCGAGGAAGGCCGCUGAUAUUUUCGAGCAGGAGGGAGGAAGAGGAAGCCAUCAUGAAUGACUACAUCGCCAAUCUGGCGUUUGAUGAUGACAGUGAUGAAGAAGAAGAUACGGAACAGACUACUGCAAAGCCUUCCAGACGAAAUGAGCACUUCAGAUUUCAUGACAACGCUGCAGAAUCACACGUCAAGGUCCAAACGAAAUCUGCAACCAGACGUGAACGCCCCAAAAGUGCCCCUGCUCAGGCUAUCGAUUGGGACUCUGCUGAUUUGGAGGACUUCGACGACCUAAGCACUACCGACGAGGAAGUUGUCGAAGUAACUCAAGUUCUCCGGCAUCGUGAACGUCCCAGUGGUCCACAGUAUCUUGUGACUUUGCCCGGUCGAGGUGCGAGUGAGGCGCGUUGGAUUUUGGACAGCAAAUUGACUUCUAGGUCUGCACGCGACGAAAUCAGCAUUUUCAACGACAUCCAAGCCAUCCAAUUCGAGAACACUAGUGAUGAUCUAGAGCAUGAUGAUUCUGACAGUGAUGAUGAUGACGAUGACUUUCGCGGUGAUGUGGAUGAUGACCACGAAUCUGAAGUGGAGGAAAAUGAACGUACCAUGGAACGAGUGGCACGGAUGACCGAUGAACAAAUAGCCCGCGCCUUUGCAAAGCAAGCCGAGGUAGGAAUUGGCGGUGACGAACUAUUGUUGUUCGAUGGCCAAGUGGAUGACGAAGAGGAUGACAGAGACAUUGAUGAAUUUGUUGCAAACAACGAUUUCAUUAACUUCUCUUCAAAAAAGCACCUCUCAAGCCGUGGCAAGUCGAAAAGAAAUCGAAGACAACGCGAUACGUUUCCACCGGCGGAAGCAUUCGCUGAUGCUCUGGAGCAGGACCCCUAUGGAGCAUUCGACAUCAUGGACUUUGAUAGACCGAGUCUACGACCCAAGAACAAGGGACGGAAGUCGGGCCCAUUUGAAUGGGGCCUGGAAGACGAAGAACUUGCCCAGCACCUCCACAACACCUGGAGUAAAGACAGGGAGAAGAAAGCUGCUAGGAAGCGCGAAAGACGCGAGGCUCAAGAAGACGCGCUUCUUGAGGCUGCCGAACGAAACAGUCCUGCUAUGAUCAAAGCGGAGAUCAGACGAUUCUUGGUCCAGGAGAUUGACGUCCUCGAAUUGGCUCCAAUGGAUUCGAGUCUACGGUCAGGCAUCCAUCGGCUCGCAAAGGCUCUGAAGUUGAAGUCGCACUCGGAGGGCAAGGAAGGCUGUGGUCGUGGACGAUAUCCUGUUCUGACCAAAGGACCACACACUCCCCACUUCACCAUUGACACUAUUUGGCAAAUCGACAACCUGAUAGAGCAGAGGAAGUUUUUCCCAAGACAAAAGGGCGGUUUCGGUGGAACGAAUACUCCUCGUGCUCGCAUUACUGGGGGAGGUCGUAGGGGUGGUGGUGGCGGCGGGGCGAUGUCUGGGGCGACGUACAUGAAUGGUGAGGUCGUCGGUGCAUCCGCUCCUGAGCUUGGUGCAGACAACAAGGGUCGUGCGAUGUUGGAGAAGAUGGGCUGGACCAGUGGGAUGGGCAUAGGCGCUGUUGGCAACAAGGGUGGUCUCGAGGCCAUCAAACAUGUCGUGAAAACGAACAAGGCCGGCUUGGGUUAAUCUGUGAUGACGACUUCACGCUGUCUGGGCCUUAGCGGCUUCUGACGAUCGUACUGUGAUGAGCGUGUUUUAGAUAUGAUUGUGAGCCUUGGAUUGGAUGGCAGCCCUGGGAUAUCCAUUUUCCUUGUAUGGCGGUCAGUAAUGGUGUUUGCACAAUGAGCUCACACCUACGCAGUACGGUGAGUUAGAGUAGAAUAGAUCUAGACUAGGUCAAUGGUGUGAAUGCUUCUAUCUA